AUGGAUGAAAAACCUGAAAGAUAUCGGUGGGGAGUCCUAGAAAACUCAUGGAAUCUGUGCAAGCUUCUCAAUCUACUUCCAUCAUCUGAUUUUCUUCUUGAACUUUUUGUCUUUGGGCAUAUUUACAUUCUUGCGGCUUGGCUUGCAUUACGAGAAGCUUGGUUUGAUCGUGGAAAUAAAAUAAAUCAUUUGAAAACUGAAUUAUUCAGUUCUCGAAUGUGGUCGUCCAAACGCAAAAACCGUCGAAAGAUUCUUCUGAUUGGAGCAGAUGGGACUAUUGGAAGCCAGAUUAUCAAAAUUAUUCGUCAGAAUUCGGAUUUUGAUUGCCACGUGACUGUUCAUCAUAAAUUCUCAACGAAGCAGUUUUUGAAAAAUGAUGAAAAUACAUCGAUUUAUGAAUUAGAUUUGACUGAUCAUGAACAGAUUCUUCUUCUUGCCAACCAACUCAAAUCGCAUUACUUCGAUGUUGCAAUAUUCGCAGCUGGAGUGAUGUUAUCUCCAGAAAUCCGUACUUCAGAUGGCGUUGAGUUUCACAAUGCUGUCAAUGUUGUCGGACAAGUAAUGCUUUACGAGUUACUGCAAAAUGAAAUAAAACGAGCUGUAUUCCUUUCAUCAGCGACUGCUAGAAUGGCAUGUUACUCUGAAAAUCCACUCUUCUUGAGUGUUUAUGCAGGACCGUAUCAAGCGUAUGCGUCUUCAAAAUUAAGUUUGGCAGUUUAUGCGAAUGAGGUGGCACGAGAAAAACAUGUGACAGCUAUUAGUUUACAUCCGGGUACUGUUCCAGGACACCUCUAUCACAAUGCAAAUGCUUUAGUCAGAUAUCUGAAUGUCACAUUACUUCCGAAAAUAAUGCGUACUCCAGAAAUGGCAGCUGUUCUCGUGCUGCACACUAUUUUCCGGGAAGAUGUUCAGCCGGGUGCUUAUUACGAAGAUUCAGAAACGGUGGAUUUGGUUUCUCGAGUUCCUGAAAAGGAACGCACCAGAAUCUACGAAACCAUACACCGGCGAAUUGAAUUGUGGAUGGAGAAAUAA